GUCCGUGGAUGAAGGCAUUGCGUCGUGCUUGUCCUCGGGGGAGCCUCUUGAGAACUUUUUCGGGAACAUGUGGGCUGAUCUUUUCGCGAAGAUGGCCGCGCUUGACAUGGCGGGGUCGCCCUCUGUUGUCCGUGGGUUUAAGUUUGAGCUGGAGCAGGCGAAGCAGUGGAUGCGGUGUCUGGCCUUUGCGGCCGAGCGG